AUGUCGGACGCGCGCGUCCGGCCCGAGGGCUCGGGCGAGGCCCCUGAGCAAAGCGUCGUGGCGCUUCUGCAGCUCCUUCCGCUCGGUCUCGAGCUCGCCCCGAAGCCAGGCAACCGCCUCGGCAGCAUGCGCGCUCGCGCGCGCAAGCGCUUGCUCGGGAUCCAGGCUGCUCCUCGGACUGCUCGCGUCGAGGCGGCCUGUGUUCGGCGGAAGGACACUCGCGUCGAGGCUGCUCGGCGUCGGGAUGCUCGAGGCUCCUUCCAUGCUGCCGCUCGCCCGACGACUCGGCAGUGGCUGUACCAGGACUCCUGCCCAAAUGUCGCACGCUCGUGCCGCUGGAGGGUCAACCAGACGGGCCCCUGA